UUACAUCCACAGCGAUCCGAAGGCAGUGAAGCUAGAGAGUCUAGAACUAGAUUCUAGAUCUAUAGAAUAGAUCUAGAUAUAAGUCACAUCGGACAGUAAACCUAGUCCUAGAUCGCUAGAUAGAUCUAACUUGCCUUAGUCUAAGGCUAAGUGAUACUAAUGAUAGAUCUAGACCUAGUGCUUAUGAGCCUUAUGUUGGUCAAAACAUUGAAAUGAAUGGUGAUUCAGAUUGAAUUUUUGAAUAACAAAAAUAGCUGACCCAUACUCAGAUACUCAUACUCAUGGCCACUCAUGGUCAUGAUACUGAUAUUCAGUGAUAUGAAUUAUGAUUCAUUCAUUACACGGUUAAUGAAAUUUAAUCGUCACUUAAUGAUAUCUAGAUCUAGAUAGAAAAACAUCUGGAUCUAUCUAGAUGCUGCGAAAAGAAACUGAUAAAACUAGACUUAGGUCUAUGUCUAAGUCAGUAAUUAAGUCUAAGUUCUUUUCUGAAUCUACCGCCAAUGCCAAUGAAUUAAAGAAACAUAAAAGGAAAAACAUCACAAAUGAGUCAAAUGACCAUGUUCUACAGAAAAAUCACAGCGUCUUAGAUCUUCCUAUUGAGGUCAAUCGGCAGAAAACUAAAAUUGAUGAUUCAGAACCAGAUGAGUUCAGUGAUGAUGAUCCAGCCAUUAAGAAAUUCUGUUUCGAUCGACAUGGGGAAUCAAGCAAAGAUCCCUGCACAUCAGGUUCUAUGCGGAAGCAUGCGAAGAUUGAGUUGGAUUCUACAACACCAAAUACUUCAACAUUAGACUCUAGUGAACAACUAAGUUUUAGGCGAAAUGUUUCAGAUAUUGAUAGAAGAAAAGGCAGCUCUUCAUUGGUGAAGUACACUCCUUUGGAGUUACAGUUCUUGGAAAUCAAGAACCAGUACUCUGAUGCUAUUUUGUUUGUAGAAUGUGGCUACAAAUAUAGAUUUUUUGGUGAGGAUGCUGAGAUAGCCUCUAAAGUUUUGAAGAUCAUGUGUAACCCUGAUCACAAUAUGAUGACUGCAAGUAUCCCUGUCCACCGGCUACCAAUCCACAUUCACCGGAUGGUAUCAGCUGGCUAUAAGGUGGGUGUUGUGAAACAAAUUGAAACUCAAUAUCUCAAGGCAGCAGGAGAUAAUAAAGGUGGUCCAUUCUCUCGCAAACUAGCUUCAUUGUACACAAAAUCAACUUUGGUUGGUCAAGAUGUGACUUGUUUGAAUGAAGCUGGUGCCAACAGCAGCUCUCUACCAAACCAGUAUCUGAUGUGUGUAUGUGAACAGAACCUCAAGCAGCAAGAGAAACAAAUUGGGCUUGUUUGUGUUGAUCCAAGCACUGGGGAUGUGAUUUAUGAUGAAUUUUUCGAUGGGAAUUUGUACAAGGAACUUGAGACUCGCAUUAGUCAUCUUCAGCCAGCGGAAAUUUUAUUAUCUUCUGACUCUUCUGAGGGGAUUAGAAAUUUUAUUGUAAAAGUGGUAGAAACAAGUUCUACAGCUGAGGACAAGGUUAGAGUUGAGUUUGUGAGUCAAGAGGUAGUCUCCCCUUCUAAAGUAUAUGACAUCAUUAAUGAAUUUUACAGACAAGAUCAAAACUGUCUUCAAAGUGUCUUGAAUCUCUCUAAGCCUGUAAUUACCUGCCUGGCAACAUUGUGUGUUUACCUUAAAGAUUUUCAUUUGGACAGAAUUCUGAGAGUAACUAGUAACUUCCAUCAGUUUUCCCAGCGUGCCCACUACUUGCAUCUAAACAGUCAGUCAGUGAAAAACUUGGAACUUCUACAGAACACAUGGGAUGGGACUGAGAAAGGAUCUUUGUUUUGGCUGCUGAACCAGACAUCUACUGCUUUUGGUGCCAGGCUGCUUAGAAAAUGGAUAUUGCAACCACUGCUAGAUGUCAAAAAAAUUCAAGAACGUCUUGAUGCAAUUGAAGAAAUAGUCGGAGGUUCCCUUGAACUAUUUUGCAAGGUGAAAGAAGUUUUUAAAAAAGUACCUGACCUUGAGAAAGGCUUAAACUCUGUGUUUCAACAAAGGUGCUCUCCUCAGGAGUUUUUUUCCCUCUUGCAAUCUUUUGAAAAAAUCAGAGACGUAACUUUAGACCUGGAGAAAUGUGUGGUGUCAUCGCUUCUACAUUCAACCCUCUCUACGAUUUACACUACUUUACACGAUGUGAAGACGUAUAAGAACAAUAUUAACCAGCUUGCAGUAAGAGAUAAUGAUAUCACCAGUCUUUUUCUUAACACUGAGCAGUAUCCAUUGAUCCAUGAGUGUAAAAAGAAAAUUUCUGACAUCUGCCUUUGCCUAAAUGAUCAUCUGGCUGAUGUCAGAGGCAUAUUAAAACUACCUGCUCUGCAAUAUGCUACAGUAUUUAAACUAGAGUAUCUUAUAGAAGUCAAACAAAGUCACAUAAAGUCUGUACCCACUGAUUGGAUUUUUAUCAAUAGCACUAACGCUGUGUCCAGAUUUCAUACACCUUUCAUCGCAGAGAAAUAUUGUAGGUUGAAAGAGCUUAAGGAGGAGCUUGUCAUUCACACUAAUGUAGCAUGGCAGGAAUUGUUACAGCAGUUUUCUUCCCAUUACAUUCGAUACAAGCAAGCAGUCUCUGAACUGGCCACUCUUGAUUGUUUGCUGUCUCUAGCAAAUGUGGCAUCACAAGAUUCUUUUUGCAAGCCUAAAUUAGUUGAUGGACCAGCUCACAUUGAUAUUAUUGAUGGUCGACAUCCCAUCAUUGAUACUUUAAAACAAGGUCAGAACCAGUAUGUCCCAAACAGCACCCAUCUACACAGUUCUGGUCUUCGUGUUCAAGUGUUAUCAGGACCCAAUAUGGGAGGUAAGAGUUCUUACCUGAGACAGGUGGCACUUAUUGUUAUAAUGGCUCAGAUGGGUUCCUAUGUACCUGCUGCUUCUGUUUCUAUUGGCAUAGUGGAUUCCAUAUUUAUCAGUAUGGGCUCAGCAGAUAAACUCUACAGUUGUCAGAGCACUUUCAUGGUGGAGCUGCUGGAGGUAUCUGAUGUAUUGGCUCAAGUAACUGACAGGUCCCUGGUCAUCUUAGAUGAGCUGGGUCGGGGCACUAGCACUCAUGAUGGUGUGGCAAUUGCUUAUGCAACUCUAGAACAUUUAAUCAAAGAUCACAAAUGUUUACUGGUGUUUGUGACCCAUUUCCCAAUGCUGUUCAAACUUUGUGAGCUGUACCCACAGUCUGUGAUUAACAGCUACAUGGCUGUACAGUACAAUGAAGACAAUGCAGAUUCAGAUGCGGCCAUAACAUUUCUUUAUGAACUAACAGAAGGUAGUGCUGCCAAAAGUUAUGGUCUCAAUGUUGCCAGAUUGGCCUCUAUACCAGACUGUAUUCUUAAUUUGGCUCAUCGUAAAGCUCAAGAACUAGAAAAUCAAAUGUCAUCGAAAGUCCAGUUUGGUCAGUUGUUUGGAGCUGAGGCUAGAAACUUAAAGUCUCUCUUGGAAGACCAACACAAAGGAAAUACCUCACAUUCUAUCUUUAAAUGACAGAAUUGAUUCCUUCAUUUUAGUGCUGCCAGAAUUAGUUCAUUUCUCCUUUUCCCUACUGUUUAUAAUAUAAAUUGCAUGUUAUUUAAAUGUA